AUGUCGAUGAAGAUAUAUCCUUCGGAAGAUAUCGCGGCGCUGAAACCUUAUACAUAUUACGCGAGUGCCGGGUACUGUAAACCUGAAGAUACUUUGACAUGGAAGUGUGGAGAGAACUGCGAAGCAAACGCCCAGUUCCAGCCCUUUGCCUCGGGAGGCGAUGGGAAUGCGACCCAGUACUGGUAUGCGGGUUACGAUCCCAAAAUCGACUCGGUCAUCGUUGGACACCAAGGAGCCGACAUCAACUUAGAACAUGUCAUAAUGACAGUAAUGGAUAUCGACAUUGUUGAUCCAGAUCCAGUCAUGUUUCCUGGUAUGAUUAAGAAAGGUGUAGCGAUGCAUGCUGGAUUCAUGAGAGCACACGCUUCUUCGGCCGCUGAUGUGAUGGCCGCCGUAAAACAAGCCACCGAAAAGCACAACACUAAGAACGUGACAUUCGUUGGUCACUCCUUGGGCGCUGCACUUGGUUCGCUGGACGCUGUUCAGUUGUCGUUGCAAGACCCCAGCCUCAACAUCAGGGUAAUUGGGUACGGCAUGCCUCGGGUCGGGAACACUGCAUUCGCUGAUUACAUUGACGAGAAAAUUAAAGUCACUCGUAUCAACAAUAAACUCGACCCCAUCCCCAUCGUACCUCCUACGGAAUAUGGUUAUUACCACCCGUCCGGCGAGAUCCACAUCCUCGAAACUGGAGACUGGGUACCAACAGGUCAGGAAAGUAACGAUGGGACAUGCUCGGCCGGCGCCGUAGAACAUAUGUUCGCAGGCGCUAUAACAGACCACUCUGGCCCAUACGAUGGCGUUGUUUUCGGCUGUGGUCCAUCCACGCUGGCAGAUAUACUAUCGCCGGCUGAUUCUGACUCGACGCCUCAAGGAGAAAUUAACGCAUCUACGCCAGAAGUACCAAAGCUCGUGGAACAAGACCCUGCUGGCUCAUCUCAUAUUUUCUCCACUAAAGACAGCGAGCUAUGA